GGAUUAGUUCCAUUCCAAUUCAACGGAAUGCUCCGCUAAAAUGCGCCCUUCUGCGUGACUCACACUCUCUCAAAUCUCUCUCUUUCUGUGAGAAAACUCGAAAUCCAGUUGAAGCGAGACUGCCAUGGCGAAUUGGAUCUCGUCCAAACUCAAAGCCGCUGAGAGUAUUCUCCAACAGAUCGACCAGCAAGCUGCGGACUCGCUUCGCAAGGACGAACGGCCUCCUGCGGACGAAGUGAAUUUUGAUACGCCCACAAAACCCGGCGGGGUUGUGCCGCCUCUUAAGGAUCAAUUGAAGAAGAAAACAUCAGAGGAGAAUGAAUAUCAAGGAAAAUUGGGUAGUGACCCAAAUUUAAACACAUUUAAUAGUAGAGACAAAGAUAUUUCUAAUGCUCCAAAAAUCUCUCCCAAACCUAAGUCUACGCUUACCGAUAGUGACUGGACCGAACUCCUUGGUACGGCUAAUCAGAGCACAAAUUCUACGGCCAAUCGCAAUAAUGGGGGGAGUGUGAUUCGUGGGUUUAAGAAGAAGGAUGGUAAGAGACAGGGGAGUGUGGGUUCGAAUUUGUUACCCUCGGAUGUAAAGAGGAAUCAGAAGGGUGGUAGCAAUAGUUCAAAGCCAGGACGGAGGUUGGGAGAAGAAAGUAAGUUAAAUGUGAAGGCAGGUGAUGGGGAAGAGUGUAGCUCUUCAGAUUCGCCUGGGAGGACUUCCAGUGUCGAUUUGCAAAGUGAUGGUAAGUAUUUGGAAAGGCAAGAAAGUGUUGGAAACGGAACAGCUGGGAAGUUUGUGGGAAAGCUAAAUAAUGAGAAAAAAGAAGAAAAUGGUGGGCAUUACCCUAAGGGAAUUUCUUCAGAGAAUUCGUCAUGGUCACUGAGCAAGAAUCAACCGAUGGAAAUGAUGUCGGCCUCGGGGAAAAUUGAUGGGUUAUCUGAUGUGAAGAUGGGCGGGCUGGAUAAUGCUCAAGAUAGGUUGAGAAGUACCAUAAGGGGGAAGCAUGAAACCAUUGUAGCCUCCAGAAUUUCUGUCUCUGAUGACUUAAAGAGAGGUUCAUCUUCAACAAGUCACAUGAGCUCUGAUUCAGAUUCAGAUUCGGGUUCAGGUUCAACUUCUGACUCUGAAAGUGAACGCGAGAAGGAGGAAAAGAAGAGGAGGAGGGAGAAGAUUCUGGCUGAGAAAAUGGCAGCAAGAGCUGUGGAGGCUAUCAAAGAAAGGGAGAAUAAGUUUGCCAAAUUGGAGGGGGAGAAGCAGAGCUUGGAGAAAAUACUAGAGGAACGAGCUAAACAACAAGCACAAGAGGCUUCAGAGCUGCAGACAACUAUGAUGGAAACGCUAGAUGCUGUUGACUUUGAGAAACAGAAGCAUAGUAAUACUAGAAGGGAGGCUUUUACCAGAUUGGCUAAACUAGAGACUGCUAAUGCUGAUCUUGCAAGAUCCCUUGCUACUGUGCAGUGGAAUCUUGAAGCGCAGGUUAAUCAGGUAGCAGAAUUACGUCAACAGAUUCAACUGAAAGAAGCAGUCCAUGAAGAGCUCAGGAGAAGAAUCUCAAAUUCUCGUCAAACUGGACCAUCUAAAAAACAAUUAGCAGCUUCAAAAGGAAUGGAAUUUGAACGAGAGAUACUUGAGGCAGAGUAUUCUUUCAUUGCCGAUAAAGUUGCAAAAUUGCAAGAUAAGGCAAGGAUGCUGGAAGCAAACAUUGAAAUAACCAGGAAAGAGAUGGAGGAUCCAACUGAAGUAGAAAUUGAGCUCAAGCGAAGGCUUGGUCAGCUGACCGACCAUUUAAUUAAAAAACAAGCCCAGGUUGAGGCCCUCUCCUCAGAGAAGGCAACUCUUCUUUUCAGAAUUGAGGCGGUUUCUAGGUUGCUAGAUGAAAACAAGUCCAGUACAUCAUCAAGGGACUUGGAAUCAGGAAUGUGGGCGCUUUCAGAAUCGAAGUUGGGGCCUAUGUUUCAUGACAGGAUCCGUUCAGGCAGGAAGCACUUGGGAUCGUUGCUUCAGCAGUUGGAUGCUAUUUUCUUGGCUGGUGAGGUAUUUCUAAGGAGGAAUUCCAGAGCGAAGGUGUGGUCUCUGGUUUACCUUGUCUUCCUUCACUUCUGGGUUAUUUAUAUUUUAAUGUCACAUUCUCAAGAAUCUAACGGGGCCAGAUCUGGUGCCAUCAUUUCCUUGGAAAACAUCAAUAGCACUGCAGGUAUUUGAUUUGUAAUAUUAAUGUUCUUUUUGUUCUUUAUUUGAUUGCCUCAGAUUUUAGGAGGUAUUCACUACAAGGGGUGUACAAUGUGCAUUUGUACCUCUAGGCCCCAACAUCCUGUAAAACUGUAUCUUUAGGGAUGUUAUGAGGCAUGUAAUUACCAACACGUGACUACUUCACAUCAAUAUGAAGAAAAAUAUUUUUCUACUA